AUGUCAGCAACGCCUCGAAAGCCUGGAACUCCCGGCAGUUCCAGCAAAUCAUCAACCGCAGAUCCGCACUCCAACAACGGGUCCACACGAGGGCAUGCACGCUCGCCCAGCGCAACCAGCAGUCUCAACCGUUCCCCCUCCUUAAGAGGUUCAACUCCUGUCUCCGCGCGCGCAGCUGCAAGAAAACCUGGCCGUUCCAACCUCAGCAUGUCAAAUGUUCCACGAGUUUCCAACGACCCCUCCGAAGAAGAGGCGCGGGCUCAGAAUGCCGCCCUCAUCGAGGAACUGCGGGCACAACUCCAGAAGGCUGAAAAUGCCUCCGAACAAUACCAAAAACAGCUCGGCGUUCUGCAAAUGCGCCUCGAUGAAGCGAUCAGUGAACAAACCAAGUUGGAGGAUCAGGCGCAUGAGCGUGAUAGUCGGAUUGAGGCCCUCAACAGUGACAUUCGGGACCAGGGUCGUCAGAUCCGCGAUCUAGAACAGAACCACGAGUCGGAGCGGAAUGCUAUGCUCCAAGAGAAAGAACAACAGAUCAGUCGGGAGGAAGAAAUGCAGGCGACUAUCCAACGUUUGAAGGACUCGAUGGCACAGAAGGAGCGCAUGAACGCAGAAGGGGAUCGCAGCCAGGUCUCCCGAUCUUCAAGCUUCCGCAAUCGAUCUUCCCCGGACGUGGAUGGUCAAUUUGCGCCCUCCUCCCACAUCGAGCGGAGCCCGUCCCGCAACAACUCUACACUUCUCCUCCAGAAAGACAAACUCAUCGAGUCAUUACGCCUCGAACUGGCCGAAUCACAGAUCAAACUCGUUGAGAUGGAGAACGCCGGCGGUGGCCGUCAGCGAGAACUAGAGAAAGACUUGCUCGAGGCCCGCGUGGCCAACGCUCGCCUGAUGGAAGACAAUGAAAGCUAUCAACUUCUUCUCAGCGAGAAGACCCUGACCGGAGACUUUGCCAAGGGCGAAUUCAUGCGAGAUGCCAACCCCACAAAGGAGUCGGCAGGUGGUCUGGGGUCCUUAGCUGAUGAGCUUGAAUCUGUGGAUGAGUCGCCCGAAACCGAUGCCGCUCAACCGGACGGAGAGGUGAAGGCCCUCAAAGAUCAGAACAAAGCCUUGACACUCUAUAUAGAGCGUAUUAUCAGCCGACUGCUUAUGCAUGACGGAUUUGAGCACAUUCUGGACUCGAAUGAUGAAACCUCUACUACGAAGACCGCGGGCAGUGAGAAGGAGCUGCCCCCGACCCCCCGGAGAAAGAUGACGGUUCGUCACAAAGUCUCCUACAACGAGCGAAGUCAGUUCAUGCUGCCUCCACCGCAACCAUCUGGGAACAACCCCAACGAGAACCCCAACACUGCGCCAAGCAUUCCAUUCCGUACGCAGUCUGUGAGAGCUAGCCACCGCCGCAGCCGCUCCGAACAAGUCGACCCAAGUGCCGCGAGUGUCGUUGGUCACAUGUACCGCGGCGGACGCAACUCGGGCGGACCUAUCAGCCCGACUGCAAUGGGCCCCGGAUCGCGCCAGAGCAUGUUCUCUGGAGCCGCCAGCUAUAUAUCCAGCAUGAGCCGCGCGCCCUCUAUGUCCAGCCAACCAGAGCCGUUUGGUCGCAGCAGCUCCCCUAGUGUCACAAGUGAUCCCAACGGCGAUACAGCCUCUACCGGAGCUACCUCCAGCCCUCCUCGAUCCAGCAGCGGCAUGAACAAUUACACUGGUGCGGUGAUGCAGCAGGACAAAUUGCGCCCUCUCCGCCUUGUCAGCGAAACCGCUAGAAUCAAGGAGGAGGAGGAAGCGGCACGCAAGAAGGCGAACCGCGCGAGCUGGAUUCCGUGGUUGAAUCGCUCCAGCACCGAUGAACCUGCACCGCCGCAGUAA